UGAUAAGAAAGUCUUUACUUCUUCUGCUCUGCAGUAUUUUGCUGGAAAGAAGAGAGCGAACAUGGCGAUAGGAGUUAAGGCCUUGCACUUGUCGUUUGUGCCUCAUGCCCUCGCGAUUGCCGGCGCUGUUAUGGUAUUGGUUUGGUGCAUUCACUUCAGGGGUGGAUUAGCUUGGGAAUCUUCUAACAAAAAUCUCAUCUUUAAUCUCCAUCCUGUAUUGAUGUUGAUUGGCUUCAUUAUCUUAGGAGGUGAAGCCAUUAUGAGCUACAAGUCGUUGCCACUGAAGAAGGAAGUUAAGAAAGUCAUACAUCUUGUGCUCCAUGCCACUGCUCUGAUUCUAGGCAUUAUUGGAAUCUAUACGGCAUUCAAGAAUCAUAAUGAGAGUUCAAUACCUAAUCUCUACAGCGUGCAUUCUUGGCUUGGGAUUGGAAUCAUUACCCUUUAUGGCAUUCAGUGGAUAUAUGGGUUUCUCAUAUUCUUCUACCCUGGAGGGUCGACCGGAUUAAGAAGCGAAUCACUUCCAUGGCAUGUACUGUUGGGGCUGUUUGUAUACAUCUUGGCAGUUGGCAAUGCCACCUUAGGGUUCCUGGAGAAGCUUACAUUCCUUGAGAACUCAGGGCUUGAUAAAUAUGGUGCCGAGGCAUACCUUGUAAACUUCACAGCUAUUGUCACAAUAUUGUAUGGAGCCUUCGUCAUAUUUACAGUUCUCUCCCAGGGUCCUCAGGAAGAUGACUACAGCUAUUCAGCUAUAUAAUUUCAUGUAAUAUAUCUGUACCUAUGUAUUGCUGAAUGUCUGGUGUAUGACCUAUUAUUAUCUGUAUUUGUAGACAUCAAAUUGUGUAGUAAUCAAUAAUAUUGGCAAUGGCAAUGUAUUGGACCA